AUGACAGAUUAAAAUUAAUUAAGUCAUAAUAAUAUCGAAGAUUAAUAAGAGGGGUCUGAAUAAUGUAGUGAUGAAGAGUUGGAUGUUUUUCAUUAUUAGGAAGAGAAGUAGUGAUUUAUGAAUGUAUAUUAGAGAGAAAUAUCCGAUGUUGGUAAGGUUAUUAGAGAAUAUGUUAAGCUAAGUAUUAGUUAAUUUAUUAACAAUUUAUGCAUUAUAUGGGGAUGAUAUAAGAAUAAUAUGUUUUGAUAAAAGAGCAGAUAGUACUUUUGAUGGGAUAACAAUAUUUUGCAUAGUAAAUAAAAGAAUAAUAAAUACAUAGAUAAUAUUUUCUACUGAAAUAGUUAUAACAUCGAUAGUAAGAAAGGAGUACUUAAAUUCAUUUUUUUUUUGGCUUGAUAUAAUAUCUACAGUUUCAUAGAUUUUGGAUAUAACGUUAUUUAAUGUAGCUGUAGGUUUAGAGUAAUAAAUUUAUUAAGCAGUAGAGGUUCAGUAUCAGCAAAAUCUGGAUCAGAUUUAUAAUAGGCAAAUAAGGCUUCAAAAACAAGUUCAAAAGCAAUAAGAGUGGUAAGAUUAGUAAGAUUGAUAAGGAUAGUAAAAUUAUAUAAGGCUGUUAAUUAUUAAAGAGAAUAUAGUUUAAGAAAAAGUAAGACAAAGUCAAAUACAAUUUAAAUGAUAAAGAAUUCAAAUAAAAGUUAGAUUUAUCCAUAAAAAGAGGAUAGAAUGGAAUAAUAAUAAUAUGUAUUGAGAGAGACUCCUAAUUUGACAACACUGAAUUUAAAUUCAGUUUAAUAGAAAGAUUAAGUGAAUAAUUUGACAAGUGUAAUCGAUUGUAACGAAUAAGGGAAUAAUAGUAAUGAACAUCGUCGUAGUUAUAAUAAACAGAUUUUACCUGAGAGUCAUUAUAUUUAAUAGAUAUAACAGAAUGAGGAAGUGGGAAGAAAGAUUUAAGAAAAAGGAGAGACCGAAUAAAAAUAGAAGAAGGAAUCACGAGUAAGCUAAAGAUUAUCAGAUGCAACAACAAAGAAAGUAACUUUGUUAGUAAUAUUGUUGUUGCUUAUAAUGCCUUUAUUUAGUUCAGAUUAUUAUUACGAAUAAUCAUAAAGUUUAGAGUAUGCAGCAUAAUAUUUUAAAGUUGUUGCAGAAAUACCAAAUACAAGGUUGUCAGAAAUAAAUGAAACUUUGAAUUUUGUGAUAGACUAACAUAAUUAAUUUGAUACACCAGUAGGAUUUAUAAGAAAUCCAUUUAUUGGAAUAAAGGAUUAUGAAAGAUAGGAUUAUGAAUAUAUAAGAGAAAGUGCAAAAGGUUAUUAUUUUACACAUGUGGAUCCAAUAUUAGUAGGAUUGGAAUACAUAGGAGAUCCGAUUAUUUUAUUUGUAUCUGAUAAUUCAUAGAUAGAGAGAUUAAAUUCUAUAAUAAAUAUAAUUAAUACAUUAUUUGUGAGUUGUGUAUUAUUAUUUGGUGCCUUAGCAUUUGCAAAAGAUGCAAAAAAUUUAGCUUUGGCACCGAUAGAAAGAAUGAUUGUUAAAGUAAAUAUAAUAGCAAAGAAUCCUUAAGAAGCAAAAGAGAUGAAAUUGGAUGUAGAAUCAUUAUAAAGAGAAACGACAUAGAUAGAAAAUGCAAUAAUAAAAAUAGGAACUUUAUUAGCAUUAGGAUUCGGAGAUGCAGGAUCAGCUAUUAUAGGAACUAAUAUGGCAUCAUCAGGAGAUGUAAAUCCUAUGUUACCAGGUAAAAAGAAAUGGGCUAUUUAUGGAUUUUGUGAUAUUAGAAAUUUUACAGAUGCAACUGAAGUUUUAUAAAAAGAUGUUAUGGUAUUUGUAAAUAGUAUAGCUGAAAUUGUUCAUACAAUGGUUAAUAGAUAUUAAGGAUCUGCUAAUAAAAAUAUAGGCGAUGCCUUUUUAUUAGUAUGGAAAAUAUCUGAUCAUUCAUGGUAUGAAGAAAAUGGUAAAAUUAAAUGGUAAAUAUAUUCAUUUUAUCUUUAGGAAGAAUUAUGAAUACAUUAAUAUCAUAGCUGAUUGUUCUUUAUUUUCAUUUAUGAAAAUAUUUGCUAAAAUUAACAGAGAACCUAAAAUAUUAGAGUAUCGUAAUGAUAAAAGACUUAUUUAAAGACUUCCUGGAUAUAAAGUCAAAAUGGGUUUUGGAUUACAUAUUGGUUGGGGUAUAGAAGGUGCUAUUGGUUCAGAAUUUAAAAUUGAUGCCUCCUAUCUUAGUCCUAAUGUUAAUAUGGCAUCUAGAUUAGAAGCUGCUACUAAAUAAUAUGGUGUUUCUAUUCUUAUAUCUAGUGAUCUCUAUAAUCUCUUCUCACCAGAUCUCAAAAAGUAUUUAAGAUAAAUUGAUAUGGUAACUGUUAAAGGAAGUGUUAAACCUAUUGGAUUUUAUACUAUAGAUAUUGAUGCUGAUCAUAUACCUCCUAGUAAAGAAGAUUAUUCUCAACAUGAAAAAUUAGAAGUUAUGGAUUAAAAGAGAUAAAUUUUUAUCAAUUAAAUUGAAGCAGGCGAAUUCAAAUCAGAAAUUCAUUUCAAUAGAAAUAAAGAUCUUAUAUUAAUCAUGAACAAUUUUAAUCCUGAAUUUUAUGUAUUCAUAUUUAUCUUUAUAUCAAGGCAUUAUUUACUCAAGGAUUUUAAGGAUACUUAUUAGGUGAUUGGAAAGAAGCUCAAAUAUGGUUUGAAAAAGCAAAAGUAUUAAAACCUAAUGAUGGACCUAUUUCAACUUUAACUGCUUUUAUGAAUGAACAUAAUUUUAAAGCUCCAACUAAUUGGAAAGGAUUUCGAGAAUUGACAGAAAAAUGAAU